AUGCAUUUCAGCGCCCUCCUCGUUAAGACGCUGCUGGCCGGCGGCGCCAUUGCCGCCCCUUCGAUGCACAGGCGCCAGCUGCAGACGAUCCAGGGUGCCAUCACCACGGUGCAAUCGGCACUGGAUGAUCUCACCACGGCCGUUCAGGGUCUUUCUGGAGCUGACGCCAACUCGGCGGCGCCCAUCCUGACGGCGUCAGAGAAGGUCAAGACGGCCAUCGGAACGGCGACGACGCAGGUGCAAGGUGCCCAAGCUCUCAGCCUCAUGGAGGCUCUUGGACUGCAAGACACGGCAUCGGGCCUCGUAACAUCCGUUCAGGGUGUGACCACGGCUCUGACGAGCAAGAAGGCAGACCUUGAUCAGCUCGGUCCUCCCGCUCGUCCUGCCCAGCCUGCCCAGCCCGUAUCUCCUGCCUGCCCCGCGCCGGCUCCCGUUCCCGCCCCCGGUAACGGCAACGGCGCUGGCAACGGCACUGGCAACGGCACUGGCAAUGGCACUGGCAACGGCACUGGCAAUGGCAACGGCAACGGCGCGGGUGCCGGAACUGGCCGUGGCAACGCAGGCAAUGCUGGAAACGCCGCCACGCCCCCCGGUGCUCCCACUCCCAUCCUCGAGCCCAGGCCCAAUGCGGGUGCCGGCGCGGGUGCCGGAGCUGGAGCUGGAGCUGGCGCUGGCCGCGGUGCUGGCGCGACCAACGGCACGGCGACGAACAAUGGAGGCAGGGCCAAGCGUGAUCUAUCCGUUCACGCGAGGGCUAUGCCCAUCGCGCUCGCUCUGGAGGCUUGA